AUGCCUUCCGCAGCAGCUGGCGAGGUCUCCCACGGCCGUGGCGGCGCCGGCAACAUCCACGCCGACCAGACAAAGUACGUCGACGGCGCCGUCGUGCGGACCGGACCUGAGGGCAGUCACAAUGACGGCGCGUACAGCGUCGGACGCGGUGGCGCUGGAAACAUUGGCGACGUCGGCACCAAGACGUCCGUCGAGGGCCGCGCCGACAAGGACGUCAUCCCGACCGAGGCCUACCGACAGUCGGGCGAGGGCGGCGACUUCCACACCGGCCGCGGCGGCGCCGGCAACGCCUACGAGGCCUCGUCGGCGCGGAACGACGGUGACAUGGACGGCAAGGCUGCGAGCGCCGCCGACCGGGCUUCUGGCGGACCUGUCGGGCUCGCGGACAAGCUGAAGAACAAGCUGUUUGGCAAGAAGUGA